AUGUUGGACAUAUUCUUACCAGCUUUCUUCAGUUGCCUUAUUAGGAACAAUGAGCAACUCAUUUGUGGACGGUAUGAUGAAGAUGUAAUUUUCCCUUGCCCAUUUAAGAGUGGGUCUCAAGUUGUAAUUCACUGGAGAAAUGAAGAAAGCUGUGUUCACAGUCACUAUCAUGGCAUGAAUCAUUUGGAGACACUGCCUUAUGCAAAUAGGACAUCCCUCUUUCAUAGAGAAAUUCACAAUGGGAAUGCCUCUCUCACUGUCAGAAGGUUGAGCCUUCUGGAUAAAGGAAUUUAUCUCUGCUAUAUGGGAACGACAAAUGAGAGUGCCAGAAACAAAGUUGAACUAAAUGUAGGAGUUUUCCACACACCUGUAAUGAAAUAUGUAAAGAGGAAUAUAGAGAUCUUUCUGGUAUGCAGUAUCUUGUGUGUUUAUCCUUAUUCUCAUAUCACAUGUAAAACGGACAAUACAGUUGUCUCUGAAAACAGUUCAGAAGAAACUGGAGCUCCAUUUCAUAUUAAAAGUACACAGAAUAUUACAGGACCAAAUUCAUCUUUUGAGUGUGCUAUUGAAAAUUCUCUUCUCAAGCAAAUAUGGAGAGGAGGGCAGGCAUUUGCAGGUACUCAUUGGAGGAAUCAAAGUGAAUCUAUUUCACUCUGGUGUAUAGUCAGGAGCAAUUUUUCUUGACCAAAUCAAGAUUUCCUUGGUACUUCCAAAGUAGAAAAUGGGAGAUACUCUGUCUUGGAUUGGAAUAUGAGCUUAUCACAGGACACAAUUGCAAUUAACCUUCAGUUCUCAUGGAAUAAAUAGCUGAUAAAUCACAGUUCCUUCCUCAUGACCUUGAUAGAUCUUUAUGUGUGAGAUAGUGGGGAAUACUUGUGUGAUGUUUCCUCAACAGAGUAUACUUUUCUCACUGUCCACAGGCUGCAUAUAGAUGAAAUCCAAGUCGGAGAAACCAUCAUGGCUUCCCAAGACGCCAUUUCAGACCGGAAGUGCUCCCUGCGGCAGGUAGUGCCCAGCCACACCGUGGAGAAUGGCUUCCCUAAGCAGUGGAUAAAUCUGGUGUUUGAUACCAUUCUCCACACUUCCUCUUUCUCUUUGGACCUCUGCAUCGCACUGGAGCUGAGAGUCCAGGCUGCUUUGCAGAUUUCACGCCUGUGA